AUGACGCGUGUUAAAAUGCGUGCUAACACUUGUCAGUGGCUUUCAUCUGUAGCAUUACUGUUAUUGUCGUUUGCUGAUGCGGCACCUGGAAACAACCAGUUACAGAAAAAGAGCCCUGACAUAUAUUCGACUUCUCCCUACUACUACGAUCCUGAUCCUGCUGAUGAUUCAGAUCUCACGAGUUAUAUACCUCAGUACUCAACAUCUUAUACUUAUACAACUGUAUAUCCCGCCAGUGUUGCGACAGCCUACUAUAGCGACUACUAUGGGUACACCUCUAGCUACUACUAUAGCUAUUAUUGUCCAGAUUCUCUUGACGCCACUUGUUAUACCGACUACUACUAUUACUCUACGCCCUAUGCACAAACCAGCUACUGCUAUUCUACGAGCUAUGACGCUCCCUCUACUAAUUAUUAUUCGAGCUAUUAUUCAACCGAUUAUGAUACUUCUACAUGUACUUCAACUAAUGUCCCACUUCCCUCAUGUACAGCAGAUUAUUUAUCAAUAUCGGACUGCAGCCCUUCACCGGAUUGUUCCGAUAGCGACGAGCCCCUGGGUUUCUAUUGCGAUGAUUUUCAAGAUUGUGAUCUGCCCGAUGUCGAUUGUCCGGUUCCUCUCCCGCCUGCCACUUUAGUUGGGCAGUAUUCAACGGCUCUAAAUGAACCAACUGUAUUGCCCAAUAUUGUACCACCUCCUGCAAAUCCUUCGCCGCAGCCAUCUACCGCUCCUGUCGCAGCAGCUCCUCCGCCACCAUCCCCUUCUCCUCCCCCUCCAUCUCCUUCUCCCCCUCCUCCUCCUGCCCCCUCUCCGCCACCACCAUCACCUCCUCCUCCCCCUCCUUCACCGCCUGCUCCAGCACCAGUAACAGCUUCGCCCUCAGCUUCUACGCCUCUUCCAUCCUCGCCACCUCCAAGCACGUCACCAAGCCCCCCGAGUAGUUCGAGCGUCAGUUUACCCCCAGACUUCGGAGUUUUCUUGGCUCUUCGUGGACUUCCAUCGGAGACUGACAAAAUAAACUUUCUGGAGCAACUUGGUGGCGAUGAAGCAUUCAAGUUUGAUUUCAACCAUCCUCCAUCAGAUGCAGAGAUGGUGGGCCCAGGUGGUAGAGCAGUUGCGGCAUCUGGAAAAGAAUUUCCAGCCGUUUUUGGCUCAGGUGUGAGUAUGACAGUAGUUAACCUGGAGCCUUGUGGUCUAAUAGCCCCUCAUUCUCACGCAAGGGCUUCUGAGAACUUGAUCGUUCAAAAAGGUACAAUUGACACCGAGUUUUUGGCAGAGGACGGUACUCCUUUGGUCUCUAACACCCUAUCUGAAAUGCAAUCAACCAUAUUCCCUCAGGGUUCAAUCCACUAUGAGUUCAAUCCUACUUGUAGUCCUGCGACCAUUAUUAGCGCAUUUAGUUCUGAUGACCCAGGUAUUCUCAUCGUUGCACCAGCCUUACUAUCAAUGGACGAUGAUGUUAUAUCCAAUUCCUUCGGUGCACAAGCAGUGGCAGGACUGAAACCCACUGUCCCGAGGGGAAUCUUACAAAGCGUUGCCCAGUGUCAACAGAAUUGCGGAAUAACUCCUAAGAAACUUUCGUUUGUAAAGCGGGAUGACAAUAUUGAGACAUCUAUGAUCGAAACUCAUAGCCAACCAAACGCGGAUGUGAUAAAUUCUGCAGACUCGGUACAUGAGCCUCUGGCAAAAAGAGGGUUAUACGAAGAGAUAAUUUCUAGGCUCACUGAUGACGAUGACACUGAGGAGAUGAAUCGUCGCCGCCAACAACAACGCAAUAGACAGGCAAUGCAGAAUCGUCAAAAUCGCCAGAACCGUCAAAACCGUCAGAAUCGCCAAAAUCGUCAAAACCGCCAAAAUCGCCAGAACCAAAAUCGACAGUAUCGUCAAAAUAAUAAUCAAAAUGGACGUCCAAGACAGCCAAUCAGAGUAAACAGAGGUAAUGGUGGAUAUAAUCACAAUAAUAGCUAUGACCAGUCAUUCGAUAGACACGAUCAGUAUGACAGAUAUGACGGAUACGAUCGAUAUGACAGAUUCCAAGAUGACAACCGCCGAAACUCUCAGAGACGAAAUCAGGCUAAUCAAAGGAAAAACAACCAAAGAUCAACCCGCGGACGUAACAAUCAUCAUCGAAAUGAAUAUGACUCUGAUUAUUACGAUUUUGAGGACACGGAUGUGGGUCGUCGCCAUCGAAAUGAUGAAGAAAGAAACCAGAGAUAUAGAAAUCGAGUCGAAGAAGACUCACACCCGCCAAGGAGGAACAGGGAUAGAUAUGAUGAAGAAAUGUCUAAAACUCGAGGGGGAGAGCCAUAUGCUGAUGUACCCAAGCCGACCAGACCGGGGAACGAUCGAAUGAAUGAAGAUGUUCCAGGUUCAGCAAAGAGUCGUCAUUCUCAUUCAGAAGAAGACCGGUAUGAUAACACCGACCGAGAUGAGGAGGAUCAUAAAGAGAGGGUGCAUCGAGAAAGAACAAGAUAUGAUGAGUACGGACGAUUAGAAAGAUCCAGACAUUGGGGAGAUAAUGAAGAUUCUGACGACAAUGAAAGUUACGAAAUGGUCGACAGAAUCGACAGAGUCGACACAGAGGACAGAGAGGACUAUGAAGAGUCUUGGAGGUAUGAUGGCGACAGAGAUGAGGACUCAUAUUAUGAUCUCAAAAGGGUGAAUCUCAUCGUCGGCCAUGAUGAGAAUGAACAAGAGGAUGUACCCCCAGUUCCGGGUUUAGGAAAGGGUCCUGCUCCUGACCUCCAGAUAAAUGUUCCAGUUCACGAUAAAGCACCUCCCAUGCCAACGAAUGAUCAAUUUCCUGAUGAUGAAAAACUUGAAAAGCAGUUACAGGAUUCUGGAGCGCAGGAAGAUUUGGCGCAACAUGGACCGCUUCAGGAUGCUUCUUUGAGUGCUGUCCCGUCUCCAGAGGUGACUUCGAGUUCAAUUGGUCCCCCAAAGCCGACAACCCCAGAAGAGAAAGAGGUAGCUAAACCCCCUGUAGAUGGUAAGUAUCAACUGUAUCCAUAA